UCUUCAAAAGCUUUCCCUCGCCGAGCGCCAUACGGAAGUUUCCGCCAUGCUGAACAAGGUCUGGGGGAAGUCGGAUGAGGAGAUGCAAGAGCUCACCGUCUUGGAAAAUGAUCUAAAAGAGUUUUUCGCCAAGCACAAAGAAGUGCGGCAGACGACGCGGAAAUUGCACGAGGAUCUCCGCGUUCAUGUGCUGGAGCAGAUCACGGAGAUCGAAGGGCUGCGUCAGAACGCGGAAAACAGCCGGAAGGCUAUCCAGCUUCUUGAGACCCGCCUCCAUGGUACGAGAUCCGAGUUUUGAUUUCAUAUAUUGAUAUAACUGUUCAUGAUGCUUGAUAUGUGCAACUUUCCGCCUUCAGAAGAAACUGCCAAGCACUCCUCGUUUGAUGAGCUAUCUGCCAAGGUCAAGGUGCUUGAGGCGGAGAAUGAAUCCCUCAAAACUUUUCUCCAAGAAUCCUCCAACAAGGAGACUGAGGCGAGGAAGGAGCUCUCCGAGAAGCAUGCCCGCGACCUGGCGGAUCUGAAUGAAAAACUAGAGAAGAGCCAGGGUCGCGUGAUUUCCUUGGUAGCCAAGAACAAAGUUCUAGAAGCGGAGGCGGAGGCCAUCGACCAACUUAUCUUCCCGAGCCUUGGCUUCGAGUGGUCAAAAGAGUCGAACCUGAAGAGGACGGAGGCAUACGAUGAAGCGCGGAUUUCUAUUGACGCGUUAUUUGAAGCCUGUCGCGGAAUCGCCAAGACUCUGUCUCUGAAGAAGGCCAAAACCACAGUCAUCGAUACGAUGACCAAUCUUAUGGAACAAGUGCCGGAUUUCAUCAAGGACUGGCAAAAAUCUUCAGCACGCGGAGUCGCCUCCCUAGUCUUGGCCACCUGCAAGGCUCACUUCCCCUCGCUCAACUUUGCGAAUGUUGCACGCGGAGCCCCCAAGGGUUCCGACAUGGGUGCCCUCCUUGCGGAAACCCAAGGCUAUGAGCAGUUGUUUGUCAGGCGAGUGAAUCACUCGUUCUGGUAUAACAAACACGAUCUGCCCAAGGGAUUUUCCGAUGCAGAGGAGGAGGAGGAAGGUGAGCCGGAGUAUUAUGGGGAAGGCUCCGGGUCAAGCGUCGAGCAUUCCGGAGGAGGCUCUGGUGACGACUCCGAGCCGGAUCCGAAACAUGGAAAAUAUGGGUAA